UAUAUAUAUCAUAACUCAUUGUAACAUCUUAGAUAGUGCCUUUCUUUGAGAGCUUAAAAAGGAAACAAAACCCUUCAAGUUUGUUUCAGUUUCAAAGACAAACAAAUUCAGUUAUCAUUGAUUUCUGUGCCAUUCUUCUUCAUCAGUAUGGUAGGUAUCUUCUCGUUGGUUACAGGGAUGGCGGGACCAAGUGGAUUCGGAUCCGCCACAACUGCAGAACAGGUUUCUGAAGGAAUUGAUGCCAGCAACCUCACUGCAAUUAUCACAGGGGGAGCAAGUGGUAUUGGCUUGGAAACAGCUCGAGUCCUGGCUCUUCGAAAGGUCCAUGUUAUUAUUGCUGCGAGAAACAUGAAUUCUGCAAAGGAAGCUAAACAACUCAUACUCCAGGACAACGAGUCUGCUCGAGUGGACAUAAUGAAGCUUGACCUUUGCUCACUGAAAUCUGUGAGAUCAUUUGUGGAAAACUUCAUCGCUCUUGGCCUUCCUCUCAACAUCUUAAUAAACAAUGCUGGAGUCAUGUUCUGCCCCUUCCAGCUAUCAGAAGAUGGGAUCGAGAUGCAGUUCGCAACAAAUCAUCUUGGUCAUUUUCUUUUGACAAACCUUCUACUUGAUAAGAUGAAGCAAACCGCAAAAGCCACUGGAAUUGAGGGCAGGAUCAUAAAUCUGUCAUCAAUUGCUCACACCUACACUUAUGAAGAGGGCGUUAGGUUUGAUGACAUCAAUGAUCAAAUUGGUUACUCUGACAAGAAGGCUUAUGGACAGUCCAAGUUAGCCAACUUAUUACACGCAAAUGAGCUUUCUCGUCGCUUGCAGGAAGAGGGUGUCAACAUCACAGCCAAUUCAGUCCACCCUGGAGUGAUAAUGACUCCUCUUAUGAGACACUCUUCAUUUCUUAUGAAUUUUCUGAAGAUGUUCACCUUUUACAUAUGGAAGAAUGUCCCACAGGGAGCUGCCACAACAUGCUAUGCUGCUCUGCACCCUAGCUUGAAAGGUGUAACCGGGAAGUACUUUCUGGAUUGUAAUGAGUUUGAACCAAGCGCGCUCGCGUCAAAUGAACUCUUAGGAAAGAAACUCUGGGAUUUUAGCAACAAGUUGAUCAACCAAGUUUCAAAGGAAUGAAUAAAUAGUCGUUUUCAACGCUUGUCCUGGCCAUCAAUGUAUCAAAGCUUGUUAUUCUCAAGAUACCCCACUACAAAUCUACAAUUACCGUCAUAAUUUCUAUGAUUGCAGCUAUACAUCGUUUGUGUUUUAUACACGUAACAUAAAAUAGAGGUCUUCUUUUAUGAGUCAAACUGUUUCUUUUGUGGAUCAGAGGACAUGAAUGUCGAGCAUAAUCUAAUGUUAAAAGAUAAAAAUAAAAAGGCAGCAAGUAUGUGUUCUUCUCAACGGAUGCUGCUGACUAGUGGAUCCUGAUGAUAAUGUAAGAAACAUUGUGUUCUUCUUUUAAUAUAUAAAUGAUUUUUUAA